GUCCAAGUGAGCCUCGAUGUGAGGACGGUGUUUUCAUGAGGGACUAAGGAAGAAACGACGGAGCCGAGAGACAGUUGCGCCAACAUGCGGGAGAAAAGGUGGCUUCUGCUCGCUCUGUAUGGAAUCCUAUUGGCCACGGCAGUUUCGGCUGCGCAAAAGGCAACGAGGCCGAAAUUCAAGAUCGCGACAACCUCAACUACGACGCCUUCGACCACCAGCACCACAGAUCAGAGCCACGUCCGCGAAAACGAGAACGAGGAUGCAGAGGGUACCACGACUGCGAGCAGCGAGACCAACGGUACAUCUGGACACGUCCUCACGGGAAUUCCGCAGAUCGAUUACAUCUGGGACCCGAAUCUGCCGCGUGAACUGAACGGAUACAAUCUGAGCGAGUAUCCGUUCUACAACAGCAUCCCCGAGGACAUCGAUUUCAAGUGUGACGGACUUCACGAUGGCUUUUACGCGAGCGUGCCACACAAAUGUCAGGUGUACCACCAUUGUCUGUUUGGCACGAGAUACGAUUUCCUCUGCGCCAACUUCACGGCGUUCGAUCAGAAAACCUUCAUCUGCCAUUUCGUCUCGGAGGUGGACUGCGCCAAUUCCAAGAAGUACUGGCACAGAAACGACGCGUUGUACAAGGCUGCGACCACGUCCACGACCUCCACCACCACCACCACCACGACCACGUCCGCACCAGUCACACCGGCCACCGGACGUUCUCUACCGAGGGACAGAGACCUUCCGCGAAGGAGAAGACCCUUCAGGAGACGACCGGCGUACGAUUAUUACGACGAGGAGUACUACGACGACGACUACAGCCGUCCGCGGGGUUACAGCAGAGACGAUUACGACUACGACGACAGAAAGUACAGAAGGGACAGAGAUCGUGACUUGAGGGAUCGAGAGCGUGACUUCCGGGAGAGAGACGUUCCACGAAGCAGAGACGGAGUGCCGAGAGACGACAGAGAUCGCGAGGGCAACGCUAGAGACAGAUAUCCUAGCAGAAACAACAGGAGAGAUCCUACCAGAGCGAGAGAUCCUCUAGAAGAGGACACGAGGGUUAGAUCUAGAGAUCCCGAUCAGGGAUCAAGGUCUGCGUCUAGGGAAAUCGAGGAGGCUGAGCUGGAGGAUCGACGAAUGGAUUCUAGGGUCAGGGAUACCGACGAUCGUCGGUACUCUGAUAAAAGGUACAGAGACGAAUACGACGAUAAAGACCCUGUUUCUACGUCCGCGGGAGUAGCUUCAGGUUCGGAUGGAUUGGUGAAGCCUGCAGCACCUUCAGCUUCCGUUUACUCGAGACCUAGAGCUCCUCCUAAGAUCAGAAGACCUGUGCCACUUUCCGAGCAGGAUAAAUACGCUUACAAAGCUACAUCAGUUCAACCGACUGAGGAACCUCGAAGGAGACCGGCGGACUUGGCAGAGGACGAUUACUACGAGGACGAGCUGGAAGAUCUGAGACCGAUUCGAAGACCGCUGAGAAGAAGACCGACUUACAGGGACAGAGACUGGGACAGAGACCCCGUAGACACGAUAGACAGGCAAAGGGGCCGACCCUUCAGACCUCGAUAUCGGGACGACGAGGAUGAUCGACCUAGAAAACAACCGGAUCGCUCGAGAGAUCGCUACUACGAUCGAUACAGAGAUCGAGGUGCGGACCGUGGACGAGAUCGAUCCCUCGACCGUAGCAAGGACAGAUCGUUGGAUCGUGAUCGAGGAAGAACGCAGGACACCGAUAAGCAGCAAGAAAGACCGUACAGACCUCUCGAAAGGGAAAGGGACGUCGAUCGUCCUAGGGCAGGUUCGAGAUCCAAGGAUCUACAAGACGGUACGGAUUCACCACCUAGAAGAGGCGGUAGCUACGAAAGAACAACAACAACAACCACUUCAACUACGACCACUUGCCUACCGGAGCAACUUGUUCACAAGAUAGAAUCGACUUCGAGAGAACCGAUAAACGAGAGGGCAACCGUGACGGAGAGACCAGGCAAAUCUGCGCAGACAACUCGAGCUUCGAUCGAGGACGAGGAACCUCGUCGGACGUAUCAACAGCAGGAUUAUCCGGAAAGAGAUGAAGACGAGAGGCGCGAACAGGGCCAUUAUCAGACCUCUUCCAUGGAGGAAUACUCGCAGGAAUAUUACGACGAGCCAGAAGAUCCGCCCUCCCCUCCUCCAAGAACCGCGGUCCGCAUUGUCAAACGACCCUUCCUGCCUUCCAGGGGAGGCAACCCUAAUCCCCGAGGUUUAUCGCCAGUGGGCGUGAAGGCUACCACCCCUAAAAGGGAGGAGGACAGGCCGACGGAGAGAACGACGAUUCAGGAAAGGCCUAAAAAUUACUACGUACACGAACCGGCACAGGAGAAUCUCAGGGAGUCGAAUCGAGAGUCCAAGUUGGAACAGGAAGAGAAAGAAAAUUACGAGGUGUAUAAAAAUACUCACACAGAGAGUCAGAUCGAGCAGAGACCCGAGGAAUACGACACUUCCUUGGUCAGACCAGUGAUUCGAAGGCCGACGGAGAGGCAGCGCGAAGAGGAGAUGCAGAAAUCCACAGACGAGGCGAAUCGACAGAAUUUCGAGGAAAGUUUGACCAAAUGGACCACGGAAGACUACUCGAAUCCUACGCAGAGCAGCGAAGGAAGCAUACAAACCUCUCAGGUUCGUAACAAGGGAAGACUAACAACGAGCGAAACUCCGAACGUUUACGGAUCCACGUUGAAGAACGACGAGACCCAGGAACAUCCAACGGGGCCACAGAGCUACAGAGUGAAGCAGAGAAUCAACGAAGUGACGCAUCGACUGCAGGAUAUCCCGGAAAGCGAGUACGACGUCACUCUGAACGACGCGUUGACGCCUACGUUGAACCAAGAGGCCAACUUGCCCAGCGGAUUCGUUCUACCUCUGCACAGGCAACUCGGAAGAGACCCGGUCCUCCAAUCGACGGAGAAUAAUUACAAAGUCUCGAGAACCGUGAAUCAGCAACAGCAGAAAGCAUUCGUGCCGAGUCCUCAAUUUCUGCCGGCGGUCAACAACAACGACAGAUUAAGAACGGUUUACUACAGGACACCUGAGGCGAUUCAAAUUAGCGGAGCGCAGUACAGGCCUCAGAGAGGACAGUGGCACGAUUACACCGGCUACUGA